AUGGCCACCAACAGAAUAUUUUCGGUUUUCAGCGGCCGCACUCAACCUGGCCAAGUACUGCGCAAGAUUCUGAUCUUUACGUCUUGGCUCCCUGCUGUUAUCUUCUUCAACGGAAAUGUUGGACAGAUAGCGACGAUCAAUGGAGAGUCGAUGUAUCCCUAUCUUAACACGAGUUACAACGAAAGCCUCUCAAGGGAUAAAUGCUGGGUCAAUAAACUAAACCCGGCGGGCAACUUAAACAGGGGAAUGCUUGUGACCUUCCGGAGUCCGAGUAACCCUGAGUUUAUGGCCGUCAAAAGAGUCAUAGCUAUAGAGGGCGAUAGAGUAUUUCCUCGAGCGCCAUAUCCCGCCCCGGUUGUCGAUAUUCCUGCUGGUCAUGUCUGGGUAGAAGGCGAUAAUAGGGAUGGCAAAAAGACUCUCGACAGCAAUCACUAUGGUCCUAUAUCCGCCAGCCUCAUCCAGGGAAAGGUUACACAUGUUAUAUGGCCUUGGAAGAGUUUUGGUGCCGUAAGGUGGUGGGAAUUUAAGGCGAGGACGAGAGUAAUUCAAGGUCGCCGAGAGAAUGCGUUUCACUUUGGCUAG